GAACAUGCUCUAAUGGUCCUUCUUUGGUUCUUGCAGCUUGAUCCAGAGAACACUGGUUUCAUUGCUGUGGAGCACUUUUCCAAUCUGCUUCAGAGCCAUGAACUACAACUGGACCCCACCAAACUCGAAAUGCUUUUCGCUCUUGUGCAGAGCAAUGAACAGGGCCAGAUCUGCUACCACGAGCUCGUCAACCUGAUGAGCAGCAAGCGCUCGAGCAGCUUCCGGCGAGCGAUUUCCAAUGGGCACAGGAACCUGCCGCGUGAAUUCCUGCUGGAUGAGCCUGGGCUAACCUUCUACAAACGUUUGGUGAGGCAUGUCGCAUAUGAGAUCCUGCCCUGUGAGGUGGACAGGCGCUGGUACUACAGCCAGUACCGUGGCUGCCCCCCACCUCUCUUCAUGACAAUCCUCACAAUCAUUCAGAUUGUUAUAUUCAUCUGCUAUGGAGCCAUGCUAAAUAAGUGGGUUUUACAGACCUAUCAUCCAGACUACAUGAAGAGUCCUCUGGUGUAUCAUCCUGGACACAGGGCUCAUGUCUGGAGGUUCUUCACCUAUAUGUUUAUGCACGCUGGGUUGGAACAACUGGGGUUCAAUGCUUUCUUGCAGCUGAUGAUUGGAGUGCCCCUGGAGAUGGUCCAUGGGAUUAUGCGCAUUGGCCUGCUGUACCUGGCAGGUGUUCUUGCAGGCUCCCUGACUGUUUCAGUCACUGACAUGCGGGCACCUGUGGUUGGAGCCUCUGGUGGUGUCUACGCUCUCUGCUCCGCACACUUGGCCAAUGUUGUCAUGAAUUGGGCUGGAAUGAGGUGUCCCUAUAAACUACUUCGAAUGAUCUUGGCCCUUGUCUGCAUGAGCUCUGAGGUUGGCCGUGCAGUAUGGCUCCGUUUCUCCCCUCCACUUCCUUCUUCUGGUCCCCAGCCCAGCUUCAUGGCACAUCUGGCUGGUGCAGUGGUGGGAAUCAGUAUGGGACUCAUCAUCCUGCGCAGCUAUGAGGAGAAUCUCCACCAGCAGUGUGCCUGGUGGGUCAUGGUCUUCUCGUACGCUAUCUUUGUCACGUUUGCAAUCUUCUGGAACAUUUUUGCAUAUGACCUCCUGGGUGUGCAGAUCCCACCCCCCCCGUAG